AUGGCGUCCUCGGAGGUGGACCAGAAGUUCCUCGGACGCCUCGCCAAGGCCGUCGAGCCGAACAACGCGCUGCUCGCGUCGAUGCUCUUCAAGAUCCUCGGGCUGUCCAUCAACGUCGCGGGGCAGCUCGUGCGCGCGCGCAAGCACCGGCGCGUGCGCCCCGACAACUUCGCCGCCGCCGCCGCCGCCGCUGCUGCUGCUGCGGCCGCCGCCCACGACGACGACACCAUCACGACGCGCGGCUCCGCAGCCACCGCCACCGCCGCUGCCGCCGCCCCGCCCGACCCCGCCUCCGCGACCCCCGAGUCCCUCGUCGAGCUCUGCUUCCACAUCCUGUGGCUCUCGCGCGAGGGCCUCGUCAUGCUCGAGCAGUACGUGCUGCCCAUGGUCGGCGACUACGUCGAGCUCAAGGUGCUCGCCUACAAGCUGCGCGCCUCCUUCUACCACGUCUUCGUCCAGUUCCACAACAACCCGCCCGUCUCGCCCCUCGGCGUCGCCACCGCCACCGCCACCGCCGCGGUUGCCGCCGCGUCGUCCGCGUCCGCCACUCCGGUAGCGCCCGCGGCGACGGCGAGACCCCGCACCCCGCCCACGCCCACGCCCGCGCGCCCCCGCCCCGACAAGGGCAAGGGCGUCGCCCGGCCCGGCUUCGGCGGCGACGACGAGCCGCCGUACGCGGCGCCGGAGCAGUACCGCCCGUUCUUCUUCGCGGUGCCCGCGGGGGCGCCGCCGCCGCCGCCGGGGUUCCCAGCGCCGCUCGCGCCGUCAGCGGUCGGCGGGGUGCCGCGGUCGCCGGCGUCGUCGGCGGCGGCCACGGCGACGGCGGGGCCGGCCUCGGCGGCGUUCCUGCUGCCGUCGGUCGACUACGUGCCGACGGCGCACCGGUACUUCCGCGAGGCGGUGGACCUGGCGGACGCGCUGCUGUGGGGGUCGCACUCGCUGCGGCUGUCGGUCAAGACCGAGUACGCGGCGUUCCUGUACGAGUGCGUGCACGACCGCGACGCCAGCCGCCGCCUCGCGCGCGAGACCAUCGCCGAGGUCUACGAGGCCUCCGAGGGCAUGGACGACGACAUGUUCAACGACGCCUGCGAGCUCGUCACCGUCCUCGGCAAGAUGAUGAAGCGCGGGCUCGGCAGCGACGGCAAGGGCGGCAGCGGCGGCGGCAGCGCGCCGGCCAGAGGCGCCGCGCCACCGACCGGCGGCCCGAGCCGCCACGAUAGUCCCGCGGUAACGACGGCCGCCGCAGUGCUGAGCCUCACGAGGGCGGCGCAGGCCGGCGCCGUGGCCGCGACCGUGCCGCCCCCGGCUUCCAUACCACCAAUAGGCAUGGAGAACCCGAUAUGA